GGCUAAUCUGAAAGGAGUUGACAUGGAGGGCAGUCAGAUGACUGGCAUAAACCUGCGUGUGGCGACGCUGAAGAAUGCUAAGCUGAAGAACUGUAACCUGCGUGGUGCUACAUUAGCCGGCACAGAUCUUGAAAACUGCGAUCUCUCAGGCUGCGAUCUACAGGAAGCCAACCUGCGUGGUUCAAAUGUGAAAGGAGCCAUCUUUGAGGAGAUGCUGACUCCACUGCACAUGUCCCAAAGUGUGAGAUAACCAAUUACAUCUCUCCCUGCCCGGCAACCUCACCACUCACCAGCCAGCUAUUCACAGCUCUCCCUUACCCCGACCCCCCCUUUUCGUUUCACGCUCCUGUGAAACCGUAUGCAAUACUAGCACUUGGUUUGCCCACCCCUUCUCUUUGAGCUUUACUCUCAUGCACUAGUGCACAUCCAGGGUCUGUAGUCGUGGCCAAAAAUAGCGAAAGCUUAGUGUAGAGAAUCCAAAUAUUGGAAAAUGCCGUUUGUCAAACCAAACUUGUUGCUUUUGGUUUUAUUUAUGCUUUGAGUUGAACUUUUGUUCGAUUUUACCGAAUGUAUACGGUUCAUGUUGUGUCUGUCUCAAAUAAUGAAGUCGACAUUUCAGUCAAUCAAAUAUUUCAACCAAAUAUAUCUGUAGUAUUUUAGAUGUAUCAAUCAAUUGUAGGCGGUUUAUGAUAAGGCUUAUUGUUGCACAGCUUACUACAGGUAAAACAAACUCAUAAAUAGUAGCUUUUUAUAUAUAAAAUAUGGAAAACACCUUAAACAUAUCGUAUAACUGACUGGUCUGGUUUCAAAUAUGCAACAUAAGCAUAUAGCUCUUACAUAUUCUGUGUUCACAUUUACAUGUAAACCAAACUAAUUGUUUGUUUUGAUUUCUGAUUUGUCGUUUGAUCUACCUCCCUUACAACCCGUUCUAGUUUUAAGUCAUUUUUAGUUUUUGAAACCAUGAAGUCAUGCAAAGAUUUCAACCAAAUGCAAACCACGUUUUACUGCAUUUUUGCAACACCUAUUAAUUCUUUAAUAACACUUAGCCAUAGGUUAAUAUGCACAAUAAUUAACCAGUGGUGCCAAUAUGCUGGUUUAUAAUAUCACUAUAUUGUAUGUGUAAAUGUUUCACUUUUGAGAUGUCUUAUUUUCCCAAUUUUUUAAUCGUUUAAUUGAUGAAGUGAAAUGUUGAAGUGACCAACCCACACCAAAAAUAGUUUGUGAUGUUUCUCGUGUCACUAUCAAAUCCAGUGCUUCCUUAUCUAUAUGUCUGUCAUGAUAUUAUGUUUGUUCAUCAAUAUCGUUCCACGUUUUGUUAACAUUUUGAACGUAUAAAGCACUAAAUUAGGACUUGAAUUGUGCAUUCAUAUCCAAAAAUUGUGUGUGUAAGACUGACAAAGUAGCACAUUUAUGAAAUGCAACUUCGGUAUUGUGCUGCUCAACUAUUGCAUUAUAAUAUCACUUUACCUGGAUUAUUUGCUGCAUGGUUAAAAAAAUGAAACCUAACCAUCUCGCUCAGAGAUUUCUGACAGUAGCUCAGAGUUAUUUGUUAUACAACAUGCUGUUAUUUUUCAUUUACAAAUGUUAUUGUAGGUACUCUAUCGAUCCUGUUCAAUGAAGGCAAUCAAAAUAGACUUUUGCACUUAAAGUGUGAUUCUCU